GAGCGGCGGAGGCCGGGCGGUGUUGCGGGACCCCUUGGACCGGGGAAGGAAGCGAGGGGGGCGAGGAGAGCCGCAGGAGCUCUGGCUCACGUGACCCGCAGCGAGCUGGGGCGGGGGCCGCGCGCCUGCCUGCCGCUGUGCCCCUGCCUGGUGAGGCGCCCGCGGCGCGCGGACUCGCCUGGGGGAGGGGCCACAGCCACCCGUCCUUCGCCCCAGGCAGCCGCUGCCGCAGCUCAGUGGCGUCCGCCGCGUUCCCGGGACUCGCCGGCCCGCGGGAGAAAUGUUGCUGAAGUGCUGCUGAAAGGGCCAAAGAUGCAAGGAUUUGGGACACAUUUUGAACCUUUAAGCUGUCUGACAUUGACCUCCUUUCAUUAUUAAUAAAGAAGAAGCAGGAGCUUAGGAUGUAUUAACACCAACUCAUUAAUAUACUAACUGGACAAUGUUCUGCAACAAUUCUACAUUGUAAAGAACUGGAUUGGCUGAAAAUAAAAUAAUUUCAUAUUUUACUCAGCUUAUAAUAUGACUCGAUGGAGGAAAAUUUGAUAAGCAUGAGGGAAGACCAUUCUUUUCAUGUUCGUUACAGAAUGGAAGCUUCUUGCCUAGAACUGGCCUUGGAAGGGGAACGUCUGUGUAAGUCAGGAGACUGCCGUGCUGGUGUGUCCUUCUUUGAAGCUGCAGUUCAAGUUGGAACUGAAGACCUAAAAACACUUAGUGCUAUUUACAGCCAGCUGGGCAAUGCUUAUUUCUAUUUGCAUGAUUAUGCCAAAGCAUUAGAAUACCAUCAUCAUGAUUUAACUCUAGCAAGGACUAUUGGAGAUCAGCUGGGGGAAGCCAAAGCUAGCGGUAAUCUGGGAAACACCUUAAAAGUUCUUGGGAAUUUUGAUGAAGCUGUAGUUUGUUGUCAGCGACACCUAGAUAUUUCCAGAGAGCUUAAUGACAAGGUGGGAGAAGCAAGAGCACUUUACAAUCUUGGAAAUGUGUAUCAUGCCAAAGGGAAAAGUUUUGCCUGCCCUGGUCCUCAAGACAUGGGAGAAUUUCCAGAAGACGUGAGAAAUGCUCUGCAGGCAGCUGUGGAUUAUUAUGAGGAAAACCUAUCACUAGUGACUGCUUUGGGUGACCGAGCAGCCCAAGGACGUGCCUUUGGAAAUCUUGGAAACACACAUUACCUCCUUGGCAACUUCAGGGAUGCGGUUAUAGCCCAUGAACAGCGUCUCCUUAUUGCAAAAGAAUUUGGAGAUAAAGCAGCUGAAAGAAGAGCAUAUAGCAACCUUGGAAAUGCAUAUAUAUUUCUUGGUGAAUUUGAAACUGCCUCUGAAUACUACAAAAAGACACUGCUGUUGGCUCGACAGCUUAAAGACAGAGCUGUAGAAGCACAGUCUUGCUAUAGUCUCGGAAAUACAUACACUUUGCUUCAAGACUAUGAAAAGGCCAUCGAUUAUCAUCUGAAGCACUUAGCAAUUGCUCAAGAGCUAAAUGAUAGAAUUGGUGAAGGAAGAGCAUGUUGGAGCUUAGGAAAUGCAUACACAGCUCUAGGGAAUCAUGAUCAAGCAAUGCAUUUUGCUGAAAAGCACUUGGAAAUUUCAAGAGAGGUUGGGGAUAGAAGUGGUGAACUAACAGCACGACUGAAUCUCUCAGAUCUUCAAAUGGUUCUUGGUCUGAGCUACAGCACAAAUAAUUCAAUAAUGUCUGAAAAUAUUGAAAUUGAUAACAGUUUGCAUGGUGCACGCCCGAAGUUUGGACGCCGACACAGUAUGGAAAACAUGGAACUUAUGAAGUUAACACCAGAAAAGGUACAGAACUGGAACAGUGAAAUUCUUGCUAAACAAAAACCUCUUAUUGCCAAACCUUCUGCGAAGCUGCUCUUUGUCAACAGAUUGAAAGGGAAAAAAUGCAAAACUAAUUCCUCCACUAAAGUUCUCCAAGAUGCCAGUAAUUCCAUUGAUAAUCGAAUUCCAAAUUCUGAGAGGAAAAUCGGUGCAGAUAUUAUUGGAGACGAAGGGUUCUUUGACCUGGUAAGCCGAUUUCAGAGCAAUCGGAUGGAUGAUCAGAGGUGCUGCUUACAAGAACAGAGCUGCGGGACUGCUUCAGCUGCGGCUUCUUCCACUCCACCUCGAGUGAUGAUGAAAGCACCGUCUGUUUCCGUGGUGUCCCCCAACACAGAUGAGUUUUUAGACCUUCUUGCCAGCUCACAGAGCCGUCGUCUCGAUGACCAAAGGGCCAGUUUCAGUAAUUUGCCAGGGCUUCGUCUGACACAAAACACCAAUAAGUCCGUACUUGGCCACUUGAUGACUAAUGACAACAAAGAGCCUGAUGAAGACUUCUUUGACAUCCUUGUAAAAUGUCAAGGGUCCAGAUUAGAUGAUCAAAGAUGUGCUCCACCACCUGCCACCACAAAGGGACCAACAGUACCAGACGAGGACUUUUUUAGCCUGAUUCUACGUUCUCAGGCGAAAAGAAUGGAUGAACAGAGAGUUCUUUUACAAAGAGAUCAAAACAGAGACGCUGAAUUUGGGCUGAAAGACAUUUUGCAAAGUAAUGCUUUGUUGGAAUUUAAAAAUACAGGAAAAAAAUAAACCACUAGUUAUUACGGAUAUAUUUUUUUUAAACGACCUUAUUUCCUUUCAGAACACUGCAGGGAAACUCUUUUUUUUCCUUAAAAGGAGAAAUUAUAGCACUGUAAUACAGCUUUAAAUGUUUUUAGAAUGAUGUAAAUAUUUAACCUUUAAUAGUAUAGCAUUAAUUCACAUUUCUCUGGACACUCGUUUCAGGGUGGAGGUGUCUUAUACAAGGUGCUUCAUCAACUUUUUUGAAUAAUGCUUGGGAUUGUGUUCUUUGGCAACUUUUUAGAUUCCUUUACGUAGUGUUUGUAAAGUGAUAAUUUUUUUAACUCUUGAUGAUGGCAUUUUUUAAAUACUGAACCAUGGAUAUAGUAAGAAAUUAGGCUGUUUAGUAAACAAUAACAUACUUGACCAAUGUGUAAAAAAGUUAUAUAGUCUUUAUUAAAAGAAUCUAGAUCUUUUUUCUGCUAAAAAUCCUAUUUUCAGUAUGUUAUUAGUUCAAACCCAUUAUAAAAACAACUCUAAGAAAUAAACUUUUAGCAUGUUCUGGACCCUUGAAUUUUAAA